GAAUGGUACGGCUCGUGCCUCUACUCGUCCAACCUCAGGGGGGCAAUUCACUGGCACAAACAGCCUCCCCCCCCCAUCUGAUUUCAGUGGUAUUUUCAAACCCGCUGAUUCCCGAUUGAGAGCAAAGGGAACCAGAACACGGGGGAAAAAGGCUCCUUCCCUGCCCCGGAAUAAAGCUUCUCCGCUCGUCAUGUUCCAUCAAAGCAAAUGAACUUCCAGCUGAGAGACCGCAGCCAAUCGUAAGGCACAUUCCCAGGUCCUCUCUCCAUCCUAGCUGGGGAAGGGACUGCUUCUUUAUGCACUGAAUUUGGAAGAGAGAUAAAAUGCCAGGUCUGGACUGUCUCUAGGGAUAACCUCCCCUCUAUGAUGUGAAUAAACAGCAGCAUCUCGGCUGGGAAAUCCACACACUCGCACUCUCUCACACACACAGAGGGAAAAAAAGAACUGACGGGGCAGGUUCAGUCCUCUGUCUCUCUCUCUCUCUCUCUCUCUCUCUCUCUCUCUCUCUCUUAGGCCUUAUCUGUCUUUCUGUUGCUGGUAGUGGAUUGGUAGCAGUCUAUUUCUGAGCCGAGAGGUGCUCUGGAUUACUAGACCUCCAUGUACGACAAUUUGUACCUGCAUGGAUUUGAAGAUUCGGAGGCGGGUUCAGCAGAUUCCUACACAAGCAGACCAUCCGAUUCUGAUGUCUCUCUGGAAGAGGACAGGGAAGCGAUUCGCCAAGAGAGAGAACAGCAGGCUGCAGUCCAGCUUGAGAGAGCCAAAACAAAGCCGGUGGCAUUCGCUGUGAGGACGAACGUGAGCUACUGCGGAGCACUGGAUGAAGAUGUCCCCGUGCCGGGCACUGCCAUAUCUUUCGAUGCCAAGGACUUUUUACACAUUAAGGAGAAAUACAACAACGACUGGUGGAUAGGAAGGCUGGUGAAGGAAGGCUGUGAGAUUGGGUUCAUCCCAAGCCCCCAGAGACUGGACUACAUCAGGGUUCAGCAGGAGCAGAAGAGAGGACGAACACAUGGAGGUAAAUCAAGUGGAAAUUCCUCUUCCAGUCUUGGGGAGAUGGUAUCCGGUACAUUCCGAGCAACCCCUCCAUCUGCCGCCAAACAGAAGCAGAAAGUGACUGAACUCGUUCCGCCUUAUGAUGUAGUGCCAUCCAUGCGGCCUGUCGUGUUAGUGGGCCCAUCUCUGAAAGGUUACGAGGUAACUGACAUGAUGCAGAAAGCCCUGUUUGACUUCCUGAAGCACAGGUUUGAUGGGAGGAUAUCAAUAACUAGAGUGACGGCUGAUAUUUCUCUCGCUAAGAGGUCGGUGUUAAAUAACCCCAGCAAGAAGAUGAUAAUUGAACGUUCAAACACUAGAUCUAGUUUGGCUGAAGUGCAGAGCGAAAUCGAAAGAAUUUUUGAAUUGGCCCGAUCUUUACAGCUGGUUAUUUUAGACGCAGAUACCAUUAAUCAUCCGGCACAACUAAUCAAGACAUCGUUAGCACCGAUUAUUGUUCAUGUCAAAGUUUCAUCUCCAAAGGUUUUACAACGGCUCAUCAAAUCCAGAGGCAAAUCCCAAAGUAAACACCUAAAUGUUCAAUUAGUUGCUGCGGAUAAGCUUGCUCAGUGCCCUCCAGAAAUGUUUGAUGUCAUUUUGGAUGAGAAUCAGUUAGAAGAUGCAUGUGAACAUUUGGCAGAGUAUCUAGAAGCCUAUUGGAGGGCGACUCACACCACAAGCACCACGCCCAUGACUCCUCUUCUAGGAAGAAAUCUGGGAUCAACAGCACUUACAUCCUACCCAACAGCUAUCUCUGGUUUACAGAGCCAACGUAUGAGACACAGCAAUCAUUCGACUGAAAACUCUCCAAUAGAGAGAAGAAGUUUAAUGACGUCUGAUGAAAACUAUCACAACGAAAGGGCUCGGAAGAGCAGGAACCGCUUGUCUUCCAGUUCCCAACACAGUCGCGACCAUUACCCACUUGUGGAGGAAGAGUUCUCUGACUCGUAUCAGGACACUUACAAGCCUCACCGGAACCGUGGUUCACCGGGUGGAUAUAGCCAUGAUUCUAGGCACAGGCUUUGAGUCACAGAACAUAAACAAAAAGAAAGUGGUCAUCAACCCAUUUGCUGUCCAUUGAACCCACAGUGCAACCAGUAGUUCUGAUAUGCAUUGCAGGUUGAACGACUGCAUUGGGGUGAUGUGACUUGCCACCACAUAAGGUAGAUAGAAUAUACAAAUCACUUUGUUUUGCCAGUUGUAACAGAGUGUCAUCUGAUGCUAUAUCACAGGCAAAAUAGUAACCAUACCCAUAUGUAUACGUGUAGGUAAACUUUAUUGUGCCCUAUCCACAGAUAUUUUACUAGAACAUUACAUUAUGGCAGUAUCUGUUUCCAUGGAGUAUUACACACAUCUAUUUGUAAUCUAGGGUACUUGUCAAGGCGCGUAUACGUACAAUUUCCUGCACUGGAAAUUCCAAAUGAACAGUUCCAGUUGGAACCAAUUUAUAAGCCAAUUCCUUUUGGAAUUUGGGUUAAUUGACUGGAAAGUCUAUUUGAGCAUGUUGCAUUCACUUAAAUAUAAUUAUUAUGUCGAAAAGGUUUGGGGGGGAAGGGGUUAAGAAAAAAAAAAUGGAAGACUCGAGAAAAAACAGUAGCAUUUUUUUAGUUUAAUAUAGUAUUACAAUUUUUCCUUUGCAGGCUGUAGAAUAUAAGGCUGAAUCAUAUGUGGAAUCAAUUUCGUUUUUCAAUGUUGAGUUGAAACUGAACCAAAUUGGGUAAUCUGACACACAGAAAUGCAAGAUUUUUAUAAUUACUGAAGGUGGAUUUCUUUGCAAGGCUAAGACACUUGACAUGUGUAUUUGUUGGAUGGCAUUAUUAGGUUAUUUUCCCAUCAAAGUUCUCUCUUUCUAAGAUCAAAGAACAACUUCAAAUCAUUUUAGAAUUUCUCAGCAUUGAUACGAUUCUCUAACGACCAAAUAACCCAACGGUCACAAUCCGGUAGAUGAUUUUUAUAGAAUUCUGAGCCAUAAAUCGACACAGAUCCUAAACUAUGCUAAAUCGCAGGAAAAAAAAAACAGUGUUGCUUUCUGAAGCCAUUUACAGUUGCAUGCAAAAGGAAAGGUGAUUUUGUUUUUAUUUCAUUCUGGGGUUUUAACUUUUCGUCACUAAAAACUUUAUUUUGACUUUCAUAUUACUCUAUUAUUAAAGCUUACUUUUAACAUGUACAUUAGUGAUGUACGAAAUCCGUCUUUGUAUGGUGCAGCUAAGUACCAAGUCCUCAUCCACAUGAUUGAAUAAUGUGUAUAUAUAGGCACAGGCCCAUUUUCCUUUGCUAGUUCCACUGAUGAAUCUUUGAUUCUGAUGAGUCCUGUCUAACCAAAUGACAGAAACACCAGGAUUCAGAGUUGGGUUGAUGCUGGGUUUGGUGUGGCACAAUUGUACAGUAUAGUACAAUUUUAUAUGGAUAGCUAAAAUCCUUCUUGGUUGAGACCCACAAAAGUGUUGUAGAAAUUCAAAAAAACUGUACACCAAACCUUGUAAAACCUAAGGAGCAAUUAUCAGGUAUGCUACCAGAAACAGGUGCUCAUGUGAUUCAGUUUAAGCCAAUAACGGCCAACAAAAUCCUAUUUUUUCAUGUAAGGGGGCUAUUUGUGUUUAUUGUUUGAAGACUAAUCUUCAUUUUAGCAUAAAUCUGGCCUGUGAAUGUUUAUGCUGGAUUAUAUACAUACAGUACAUACUGGGUUUGCUGUAGUAUCUCCUAUUGAGCUAGGCCCCUUCUUAGUUUAGUAUGUACAGGUAUACGAAGUUGUUGAUUUGCACUAUAUUUGUUUUGCUAAUUAUACAAUUCUUUGAAUUUGUGCGUAUGGUAUGCUACAGUUGACUAAGGCUGUAUAUUGGUUUAGUUUCUCAGUUGGCAUUGGGUGAGCUGUAGAAAGAAGGUCCCAUAUAAUUGCUGAAUUUAGACAUUACUAAUACUGAGUAUGGAAUGUCGGGUAUAUAUUGAGCAGGUCUUGUACAAAGCAAAUGCAAGGAGUAUUAAAAUUAAAAACAAUAGGUUGUGUGGGUGUUAAACAUACUACAGGUAUGGGAUCUAUUAUCCAGAAUGCUGGGGUUUCCAGAUUAGGGUUUUUUCAUAAUUAAGAUUACCAUAGAUAAUUCUGAUGGAACACAUUUAAACAUUAAAUAAAGGAUUGUUUGGAGACAAAUGUGGAUUUAAGUAGUUUAGUUGCCAUCAAGUACAAGUAACCAUUUUAUUAUUACAGAGAAAAAAGAAAUUAAAACAAAUUUAAAUGAUUUGUCUAAAAUAGACAGAUUGCCUGUAAUGCAAAGCUUUCUGGAUAAUUGGUUUCUGGGUAAAAGAUCCCAUAAAUGUAGCUUUAAUACUAGCAAUGAGAUCUGAUAAAGCCUUCAACCAUACAGAACCUGAAGAGUGACAAGAGAAAGACAAAUUUGAUUCCAAACAGACACCAAAUACUCAACAAACGCUUAACUUUGUACAAUAAAACUAAAUCUUUGGUCAAAUCUACAAAACAAAACCCCAGCAUUAACCACACAAAAAACCUCAGACCCUCAACCAAAUUCAAUACAACCCAAGACUCAAUCCCUUAGCCCAACUCAUGCAGCAUAUUCCAUCCUUAACCAUUUUUUCUUGUUUUUUUUUGGUUAUGUGGGAAGAAGGCAAAAAAGUAAUCAUUGGAUACGUAAAUAUAAGGCACAACAUGUUCAAUUGCAUAAUUUCAUAUUAUAUUUUUUGAUUAUAUAUCAACUUCAUAGUUAGCAAUAUUGCAGUUAAAAAGUCCACCAUAGGUUAAGAAUGACUUUGUCUCAUCCUGCACCUAAAUACAGUUUAUUGGGAUUAUGCUACAUGAGCGGAUUAUUUGCUGCAGCAAGGUGUGAGAGAGAGGGUUGACGACUUGUUGUGCAUUACAGAAUGUGUCUGCAUGUAACAUAACCCUUAAGUUUGGUCAUGAAAAUGCACAUUGUAGUAAGAACUUCUAACUAAUGUAGCUUAUUUUGCACCUUAUUGACCCACAAGCAAUCUAUAUGAAUUACUUAGUUUAUAACUAGUCUUCAUGUAGUCAGAAAUUCUCACUAAUGUAGCUUUACCCUUACAUCUGGCUGACCCAGAAGGAAGCUACAUAGAUGACUUGUAGUUAAUUACUAGUCUUCAUGUAGUCAGAAUUUCAUACCUUCAUACCUAUCUGACCCAGAAACUAGCUACAAAAAUGGCUUUUAGUUCAGGACUACUGUUCAUAUUGUCGGAAUUUCUCACUCACCCUUACAUCUGACAGACCCAAAAGGAAGCUACACAGAUGACUUCAUGUAGUCAAAAUUUUCUACCUUCUCCAUUAUAUCCAACUGACCCAGAAACAAGCUACACAAAUAGUUUUUAGUUCAUGACUUUUUUUCAUGUUGCAGGAAUAUCUCACUAAUACAGCUGCACGGUCACAUCUGACAGACCCAACUGGGAGCUACACAGAAUGCUUCUAGUUCAUGGCUAGUUUUCAUGUGAUAGGAAUUUCAUACUGACUUGUCUUCAAUCUUAUAUCUCUUAUAUCACUCAUGUAGCUUCACCAACUUGGGAGGCAAAAAGUAGAAAUUUUAAAUGGUGUUUGGAACAGAUAGUUGGGGCCCAAAUACCAAAUACUAAUGUGCAUAUUUAGAAGUGCAGUAAUCAACACUAUGUGAUCAUCACAAUUUUAAACGUCUGAGGGCAAAAAUGCGAUGUACUUCACACGAAAGUAAAUGAUUUGGCUGUGGUUUAUAUGAGCCUGAAUUUUUUGGCCUAAACGGAGUCUUGCCAAAAACCUGAGAUUCCAUCGAGCCAAAUCCAAUGCAUGCUGAACUCCCAAUCACCGAGUAUGUAGCCUCAUCCUACAUUUGCACUGUAUCUGUGCUCUUUGAAUAAUAUUCUGAACAAAUCUUUAUGGUGGUAAAUAUAUUUCAGGUAUUUAAAAAAACAAUCUGUCUGUAGCAUGAGCGGUGAACUUUUAAUGUAGUGUAGCCUUCUUAAAGUUCCGUGAUGUGCCAUAGUGUGAUUUACAGGAGGCAGAGUGACUUUGUGCACUGAUGCCUUUUUCCUAAAGGUUUUUUGGUACACACUGUCAGGUUCUUGAAGAAAAGUCUACUUAUUGCUUACAAAUUUAUCAUAGCUUAUAUGUAUGCUGCCUUAAUUAUAAGGAAUAAUGUUAUCACUCUAGUGCCUCUCCAGCACUGAACCAUUUGUAUCCUUCAGAACCCUAAACACUUACACUUUCCUAAGGCAAAAAAGCUAAACCAAGCCAUUGCUGUGGAUUAGAGAUAUCCAACCUGCCACUCUACAGCAAUUGUAGGGACUCCCAUAAAUGCUGAAAGCUACAGGUUGGAUAAUCCUGAUAAAACUCAUUUGGGCUCAUUUACUAACACUUGAGCUGUAAAGUUGCAGUAUACCAUGGCAACCAAUCACAUUUUUGCUGCAACAUCCUGCAACAUGUUGAACAAAGCUGAUUGGCUGCUGUGGCUUACUGCCCAGGUACAAAUAAGCUCAAUGUUGGUAAAAGAGUCUGAGUCUGAAUUUAGUUGUAGCUUGGAACAAAACUGCAUGUGCUUGCUUAGAAAUGCUUCCCAGCCUGCCAAUACCUCUGUUAUGCCAAUUAAGACCAUAAGAGGUUGUUUUUGUUUUGUUAAGACAAAUGUGGAACAUGUUUAUAUUUGCUAGUUUUCAAGGCCUUUUGACCUUCACGGUCUACAGAAGCAUGCAAUGUUAUCAGUAUAUUUUGGACACCUUUUCAUAUAGGCUGUUAAUAUGUUUGUUAGUUCCAUGCCUGUAACCAAACUAGGUCUCUCUAGCCAAAAACCGUUUUGUUUUUAGUGAAAAUUAGUUAUUAGCUAGUGCAGAAAUUAUGUUAAGGACUCACGUUUUAAUUUACUUCUAACCCGGGCAAGGAUUUUGUUCAAUAAGGCAUGGGGUUGGCACCCUGCAUAACAAUUUAGUGGCAUAUCCUUCUGCAAAGCUGUCAAUCAAACUAACAUUCAUUACAAAUAAUAUGUAAAGCUAGAGUGCAAGGUGAUUCCACCCCUAUUGCCCCUCUGAGGCAGCCCUCCUGAUUCUGCUUUCCCUCUCACGUACUGAAGUUACCAGAAGUACCGUUUGCAGCCCCUCGUAACCUACCGCACUCUGCUGCCUGAUGGCAUGGGUUGCCCUGGUUACAGCAGGUACUAAAGGGAAACUGACAGAUAAAUGGGUUAUUUUGUAUUUAUGUGUUUACCAUAGCUGCUGAGAAAUGUAAUUUUUACGAAAUGUGAAAUACUGAACCUAAUGAUUGUUUCCUUGUCACUGAGUUUCUUAAGCCAGUUGGUUGGUUGGUAUGGUAUUGUAGACAUAUCUACAUGGAGCAGAUCUACCAUUGUAUAGCCAACUUUAUAACUGCAUCAAAAGCUUUGGUGGGGUGGGUUUUGAGGUUUUACCUGUUAAAAAAUAAAGCCCAUCUCCCUCAAAAUACAUUUUAGCAGUUGCAGUUUUGUUUGAUGAGCAGGUACCCCUGCACCCUCAGAGAUCAUAGAGUUCAGCCAUCUAGGAAAUGCCGGCACCAAGCCAAAUGCCUCUAGGGUCUGGCAGUUUGUAAUUAAUAUGAAAUAGAGGCACAUACCUUUAUGGAUUCAUUAAGCAUGCUAAACAGCCUUUUCAAUUAUUCUUUUUUUGUAUUAUUCCCUUUCAGUACGGGCUGCAAAAGCUUAUGUAUACAGUAUUUUAAUACCUGCCUCCUUCUUUAUUUCCACUCAGCAGCAAAAAAAAAAAAAAA